GCCGAUCGAUCUUGAUGCUUUUUGCGGCUGUCUUUGAUCGUUAAGCGAUAUUAAACCUCAUCGCUCGUUCUACUUACUCGCUUGUUUACCCAAGGUAGCCAUUCAUCGCGCUUAGGUAAACGAAACGGGGAAGAACGGAGCAGUCCUUCGACUCGAGGAGAGAAGGAAAAGAGAAGGCAAAGAGAGAAACGAAGCGGGGACCAAACGGUGCCGAAAAGGAUGAAAGGGGCGAAGUAGGGAGACGAUCGAUGGCGGUUCCAUCGGCAAGAGCGCGCUUGAACGAAAACGCGAGGCGGUCGAAGGACGACAGGUGGAGGGAAGGUGAGUUGGCGACAGAAGAAAGAAAAGCAGUGGAUUGGACGAGGAUAGAUCGCUGCUGGAUCGGUGUGCAGAGUGGAGGUACGCGACGACAGAGUGCAAGAGAGAAGGAGGCAGUCCAGCUCGCCGAGUCCGCCGACUCGACUCUACUCGCUUCUGACCGCUUCCAGUCUCGCGUCAGGACUCGAAAGUUGCGGAGGACAAGACGAACCCACUACGAAUCAGGGCUCCUCUCCAGCUGACACGUCCUCGCGGCUCAAAACGAUUUUUUGAGAUCGAGAUCCAGUGUGAUCCGUGCGACUUUGUGCCUUCAAUCUCGCCGUAACGCUCUUGUGUUGUGCUGGUGACGAUAUUCUCUCCGUCUGGCAAAUUUUCCAACGAAUUCUCUACGAUUUCCUACGAUUUUCUACGAUACACCGCCACGACUGAACGUGCGUGUAUGCUCGCCUGAUCGAUCGGAGGACCGAUGCUACCGGUCAGUUGUGAACCAUCGAUGACGCCUGGCCAGGAUUACACUUAAAGGAUUCCGCUUCGAGGGAAGACGAGGAAACGAUACCCCGAGAGGAGAGGCAUUCCACGAGAUCGGAUCGAAGUGACGCGACAGCAGGAGGUGGCGGUGAUCUGACCAACACGGACAACAUGCAGAACAACUCGGAUACCACUCUGGACAUGUCGAUAACGCCGAGCACGGUGAUGGCCACGCCAGGGUUGAACAACCCUACGUGGAACCGGCAGCAGGCGGUCAGCGUGCGGCAUGCGUUCAAAACUUACGGGAGCAGCAAGAACCCGAACCACGUUAUCCAGAAUCUUAGCAUGACCGUGGCGAAGGGAUCCAUUUAUGGACUCUUGGGUGCCAGCGGAUGCGGCAAAACCACCUUGCUGUCUUGCAUCGUCGGUCGAAGGAAAUUGAACUCUGGCGAGAUCUGGGUACUCGGCGGCAAGCCAGGUAAUAAGAAAUCCGGAGUUCCAGGGAAAAGGGUCGGUUACAUGCCGCAGGAAAUUGCUCUGUACGGGGAAUUCAGUAUUCGAGAGACCAUGAUGUACUUCGGCUGGAUAUUCGGCAUGUGCACCGACGAGAUCGCGGAGAGGCUCCGAUUUCUGCUGCAAUUCCUCGAUCUACCGUCCCAGAAUCGACUGGUGAAGAAUCUUAGCGGGGGCCAGCAGCGAAGAGUGUCCUUCGCGGUUGCCCUGAUGCACGAUCCCGAGCUCCUGAUCCUCGACGAGCCGACCGUAGGCGUGGAUCCUCUUUUGCGACAAAGCAUAUGGAAUCACCUGGUCCAAAUAACAAAAGAUGGAAACAAGACCGUAAUUAUAACCACACACUACAUCGAGGAGGCCCGACAGGCGCACACGAUUGGUUUGAUGAGAAGCGGUCAUUUACUAGCUGAAGAAUCUCCCAGAUCUCUCCUGACGAUGUACAACUGUGCUUCCCUUGAAGACGUUUUCCUGAAACUGUCACGGAAGCAAGGACAGUACAGUCAACCACCGACAGAAUUGAAUAUCUCUAAUAAUAUUAGUCUGGCUUCUCUGAACUGGGGUAAGAAGAACGAGCCGGUGUACGUGACUGAAGAAUCGGGUGUAGUUGGCCUAAACUUCCAUCAGAGUAAAGAGGUGCUCAUUCAUGACUCGACGAACGGUGUUGGAAACCAUUACGAUUUAAACGGAAAACCGUUGUCUGGAGUGAAGAAUAGCUCGACAUUGGAGUGCGAUGAUUGCAGUGACUUCACUGAUUGCUUCAAAAUAACGAACACGGGCAAAAUGAAAGCGCUAUUGCAGAAAAACUUUUUACGUAUGUGGAGAAAUGUAGGAGUAAUGCUAUUCAUCUUUGCACUGCCAGUGAUGCAAGUGAUCCUGUUUUGUCUGGCGAUUGGUAGGGAUCCAGUUGGGUUAAAAUUGGCAAUAGUCAAUCAUGAAAUGUUCUAUGAGAACAUGUCUUGUCCGAUAACGGAAGAUUGCGACUUUACGCGUCUUAGUUGCCGGUAUCUUAAAUUUUUGGACAAUGAUACGAUGAUAAAAGAAUAUUAUCCAGAUCCUGACUCAGCAAUGGACGCGGUACGCAAAGGAAACGCUUGGGGUACUCUCUACUUUACUGAGAACUUCACAGACGCUCUUGUUGCAAGGAUGGCUCUAGGAAGAGAAGCUGACGAUGAAACCUUAGAGCAGAGCGAAAUCAGGGUCUGGCUAGACAUGUCUAAUCAACAAAUAGGAUUGAUGCUAGCCAGGAACCUUCAAUAUUCGUACAGGGAUUUUGCCAAAGAUCUUUUAACAUCAUGUGAACAGAACUCAAAAUUGGCUGACGUACCGAUUCAUUUUGAGAAUCCACUUUACGGCACUGAUGAUCCCAGUUUCACCGAUUUCGUAGCGCCAGGAGUAAUUUUAACUAUUGUCUUCUUCUUGGCGGUGGCUCUUACUUCCUCAGUUCUAAUCAUCGAGAGGACGGAGGGUCUUCUAGACAGAAGUUGGGUGGCUGGCGUCUCACCAGCAGAGGUCCUUUUCUCUCACGUAAUUACACAAUUCGUGGUAAUGUGUGGCCAAACUGCAUUGGUACUAAUAUUCAUGAUUCUGGUAUUUGGUGUCGAGUGCAAGGGAGAAAUAGGCUGGGUGAUUGUCUUGACGAUUCUCCAGGGUCUAUGCGGCAUGUGUUUCGGGUUUGUAAUUUCAGCGUUUUGCGAACUUGAAAGAAAUGCAAUCCAACUAGCUUUGGGCAGUUUCUAUCCUACGCUUUUGUUAAGCGGUGUUAUUUGGCCAGUAGAAGGUAUGCCAACAGUCCUACGGCAUAUAUCUCAGGGUCUUCCGUUGACAUUGGCUACGACGUCGUUGCGUUCCAUGCUGACACGUGGUUGGGCCAUUUCGAAAUCGGACGUCUACAAUGGCUUCAUCGCAACCAUUGUCUGGAUAAUUCUGUUCCUCACGAUAAGCAUAAUGGUGCUCAAAUUUAAGCGCGGAUAGGAUUUUAUCGUGGCGUUUGGAAAUCGUCAUCGCCACGUGAAAGAGGAAAAUCAAGCUAACGACACGUUGGUUCGACUCGAAAAAUCACGGUCGGCCAUCGGUGGAAACUCGAAGCGAGAAGAGAUCACUUCGGCAGCUUCCUCGAGACGAUCUCGUUGCGCCCCCCGUGCGUGAAUCUCCAGAUAUAUGUGAUGCUCCUUGUGCGCUUAAUGUCCCUUAUGUGUGAAUGAUGAAGAACAAAUGACUGUUUGUGGUGUGUCUGGUCCUCUUAGGGAUUUCUUUUCUUCUAUCCCUUUUUUAUUUAGUUGAACGUCUGUAAUAUACCAUGUAUUCUUAGAGAUGCAUUUUACCAUGGAUAUCUGUAAAAAGUAUUCAUCGUCUCGUUUAAAUUAACCUAUAAAAGGAAACGCUGUACAGAAUGCUUGGCGAUGAACGAGACGAUUUUUACUUAAAUUCAGUACAAUGUGCCUUGGUAAAUUUGUCCCAGACGUAAAUGGGAUUGUGAGUAGUAAAUGGUUAAGUUAAUGAGUAGCGAAUUAGAUGUAGGACAGUCUUACUUGCCCAUGACUUAAAUGUACGUUUUAUUUAACUGAUAAUGCGAUGAGAAAAAUCGCGGUUAAGAAACGCGAAAAACGAAGAAAAGGAUAUAUUCACACGAUAAAUGAGAAAUAUGUUUCAUGUAUGACAAGAAGAAUACAUGAAAUUUUGUAUAAAGGUAAACUUUGACGGAGAAAAUUAUUGGAAAGGUAUAAUUAGAAUAAUUAAUAUGCGCUAAUGUGCAAUGCAAUUUUAGAACUCAAAAUAUGUACCAUAUUGUAGAAUAUGAAUUAUAGCAAUUACAUUUUAUACGU